AUGACCGGACAUGGUGGCCGCCGGUCCCCUCCGCCGAUCCGCGGCAUGUAUUCGCGCUGCCAUGCCCCCGGGUCCUCGUCCGCGGGCGCUUCCUCGAGCCGCCGCCGCUCGGCUGAUCCACCCCCCCCCCCCACGCGUUUUGCGGACUUCCCCGACCUCCCUCCGCAGCGGCCAUCGACGAGGACCUACCUGGGCGUCCGGCAGCGGUCGUGGGCGACGUGGGUGGCCGAAAUCACCGACCGCAAAACCCACAAGUGGAAGUGGAUCUGCUCCUUCCACACCGCAGAGCUCGCGGCUAUGGAAUACGACCGGUGGCAGGUCCGGUUCCACGGCAGCGAUGCGAGGCUGAACUUUCCCAUCGGCGAGCAUCCGUUCCACCUCGCUGCAACGUAG